CAGCCCUUAGAUCCUCAACAAGAGGCCAAAGAAGAAUUAAAAAAUAUGAAAAAACAGCAUGCAUUGCUGACAAGGAUCCUUCAACAGCAGGAGCAGCUUAGGGCCUUAAAGGGAAGACAGGCAGCUCUUCUUGCCUUACAGCACAAGACCGAACAAGCAAUCGCUGUGAUGGAUGACUCUGUUGUUACAGAGACAACUGGAAGUGUGUCUGGACUGAGCCUAACAUCAGAGCUAAAUGAAGAACUGAAUGACCUGAUCCAGCGUUUUCAUAACCAACUGCAUGAUGUUCAGAGUCCUCCAGUACCAGAUAAUAGAAGACAAGCAGAGAGCCUUUCUCUUACAAGAGAGGUUUCUCGAAGUUUGAAUUCGUCCAUUUCUGAACCCGUUUUAGAGGACAGAACUCCACUAUUUAGUAAAGUUGGGGUACUGUUGGAAAAGAAACAGAAAAUGGACUCUAUUUUGGGAGAACUCCACACACUACAAGAUCACCAUUUAAAUAACACUGCAUGCUCCCCUCAAAGGGGUGUGGAUCAAAGGAGCACAAGUUCAGCUACUUCUGCUACACAGAUCUCUGACAAUAGGGCUGCAAACAGCCCUGCAGCAGUGGCUGCUUUUCCUUCUGCUAACUCUGUGAAUGAUAGUGAAGAUGAAGAAAAUCAAAAUCCAGCCGAAAAGCUAAAAAAACUGAAAGAAGUUCGGAAAAGGCUUAAUGAGCUCCGUGACCUUGUCCGCUAUUAUGAGCAAACAUCUGACAUGAUGACAGACGCUAUAAAUGAAAACACUAAAGAUGAGGAUGAGGAGGAAACUGAAGACUCCUGGAUUGAAUCUGACCAGGAAGUGAACCAACCAGUUAUAAACAUCAGGAAUCCACAACGUUUGAGUAGCUGGGCAGCAGUGAAUAGCAUUUCUAACUCGCAUUGUGGAAAUAAUAACAGGGAUGAAAGGCCACUUAAUACUGAAUGUGAAAUAAACAACAGGUCUUCGGUUAAUUUAAGAACCUUCAAUGUGUCCUCUGCAUUAGAAUGCCUGUACAAUAGGGAAUCUAGAGAUGAAGAACAACAUCUCAAUGUUGAUUUGGAUGAUGAUGAUGAUGAUAAUGAUGAUGAUGAUGAAGAAGAUGAAGAUGCAGAUGAUGACCAGGAGAGUGUGGUGUCUCUAUCAAGUCGGAGUAGUGUCACUGAAGAGGCCCAAACUGCUGAAUAUGAGGAAAAAUUCAACCGUCUUAUUGCAGCCAAACACAAACUUAAACAACUUCAGGAUCUUAUUGCAAUGUAUGAUGGUGAUACAGAGUCUGAGACAAUGGCAGCUGAGAGGUCUGCCAAUGGAAGUCAUUCCUUACCAGAGGAAUCAAACCCUAAACAACAACCAAAUAACACACGAGCCAAUGUGUCUAAAACACAAAAGGAUGUAGCUCUUAAAGAACAAGCAAGGGAGAAAUUUUAUGAAUCUAAGCUACAGCAGCAGCAGAAAGAGCUGAAACAGUUACAGGAAGAAAGGAAGAAGCUUAUUGAAAUUCAAGAAAAAAUUCAGACUUUAAGAAAGGCAUGCCCUGAUCUACAGUUGUCAUCAUCUAGUUUUAAAUUAGGCCCAACAGCCAGGAACAUACCAACUGCUUCUUCAACUCCAGAAGUUAAUGUAAGCAGUGCUGCAGCCAUUCCAAACAUGCCGGACCCUGAGGACUCUUCAUCAGUGGAUAAUGAGGUUUGGUCAGAGAUUCGCUGGAACCAAAUUUUAAGAGAAGAUUUGCGACAAAGAAGAAAGCAGCUGGAGUCUUUGAUGGCUGAACAUCAGCGGAGACAAGGACUCGCAGAAACCACAUCAGCUGGCUCUUUAAGAAGUGACGACUCUGAAACGCAAGGCCUUCAUCAUCAAAGCCGAACUGAAAAAACUAUGGCCACUUGGGGAGGGUCCACCCAGUGCGCACUCGAUGAGGAUGAUGAAGAUGAAUGACUGCAUUUCAGAUGUAAAUCAGGUGGAAGAUGAGGAAGAGGAAGAGCAGGAGGACACAUUCCAUGAAAAUGUCACGUAUGCUCACAGCAGUAUCAAUCAGAGUGCCUGCACUGGAAAGGACAGUAAACAGGGUUAUAAAGGCCAGCAUCCAUAUGCAGUUGAUGGUAAUUACAGGCCCUCUCCCAGAACAAGACAGCAGCAAAAUAUUAGCAUGCGGAGGCAAGAAAACCUAAGAUGGGUGUCUGAGCUUUCCCAGGUGGAGGAAAAACAACUUUGGCAGGAGCAAAUAGACCAGAUAAAGAGACAGCUUGAUUUCAGCACAAACAUGUGUCAGACUUUAAUGAGGGAUCAACAGUCUCUUUACUAUCUCCUACAAAACUUGUUUACAAAUCCAUACAACAUGAUGCCUAGUAACAUGGGAACGUCACAAAUCCACCUCAUCAUGCACCAGCUGAACCAGUGUUUUACUCAGCUUAACUGGCAGCAGAACAAUGUUAUCAGGCUUAAGCAGAUGCUAAGUGAUGUAAUGCACCAGCAGCAGGAGCCCAUGCAGCAGAACAGCCAGCAGAGGAAGCCUCAAGAAUGCAGCGCAGCACCACCUGCGUCUCCUAAUCUUUUUGAUCAGUUUUGGCUUCCUCCCACCACCCAUGAAUGUUUUCAGCAUGCCUCCCUUUGGAAGCUUCCCCAAUAUGGUUCCUGGUGUGAACUUUAAUCCAAUCUUUCAACCUGGAAUUGGGGACUUCACUCGGGCUUCUAACUCUCAUACUGAUGUGCCUCUUCAGUCUCAUGAUCCAAACACUUCAGGGAAGACAGAGUACAUGGCUUUCCCAAAGCCAUUUGAAAGUAAUUCAUCAACUGCAGGGGACAGACUGAGCACCACUCCUAAAAUAGCUGAGGGAGAGCGUAAUAGGGGUAUCCAAAAAGAAAUCCGAAGUAAGGAUGAAGAGAAGAAGCCAUCCAGUAUGGAUGCUCCGUGUUCAGCAUCAGGAUGCUCUUUCAAGCAUUCGGAAGCAGCGUGCAGAGUGAAGCAGUUUGACGAAGAAUCCAUGGACAGUUUAAGCAGCAUGCCUGAUCCAGUGGAUCCAACAACGGUUACUAAAACUUUCAAAUCUUUAAAAGCAUCAGCCCAAGCCAGCCUGGCUUCAAAAGACAAAACUCCAAAAAACAAAAAUAAGAAACGAAAGAUUGCUCAUCAGAAAAACAGAGGAUUAAAGAAUCUAGAACUCCAAAGUGCCAGUGCCUCCAACAUAAUUGAACCCAAGGAGAGUAGCAGCAAGCAUGCCCAGACUGAGGAAACUGGUGCAGGUAAACCCAUUACUUCUGAGCACUUGCAAAGACUAAGAAAGGACAGUAAAGCUGCAGACAUUUCUUCAGAAGCUGGAAGCGACUUCUCUAUGUUUGAAGCAUUACGUGACACUAUUUACUCAGAAGUAGCUACUCUCAUCUCGCAGAAUGAAUGCCGUCCACAUUUUCUUAUUGAGCUCUUCCAUGAGCUGCAGCUUCUGAACUCUGAUUACAUGAGACAAAAGGCACUUUUCGCUUUACAGGAUAUUGUAACCAGGCGUGUGACUGAAAAUACAGAGCGGAAACAUGACUGUUCCAAGCCUCUGGAUUCUGUGGGGUGGAUGGCAUCUAACUCUGAACUUACACCAAGUGAAAGUCUAGCUACAACAGAUGAUGAAAUGUAUGUGAAAAACUCUAACAGCCAAGCUUGCAAUGACAGUGAGAAAAAUGAUGCAGAUAACAUUAGCACCUUAUCAACUUCUUCCAUUUUUGAGCCUUUUGCAACAGACGACCUAGGUAACACUGUGAUUCAUUUAGAUCAAGCACUGGCCAGGAUGAGGGAGUACGAGCGCAUGAAAAUUGAGGCUGAAAAUAGUUUAGAUGCUGAAUGCUGCAGUAAGCUUAACAAUGCUGCCUCUAAUGUAGAAGGCUCCAAUGAUGAAGAAGAGCACAGUAAACAGUGCAGUGACGAUGGGUCUGCAGUCCCCUGUCCACGUAUUGAUACUCAGCAGCUGGAUCGGCAGAUCAAGGCAAUUAUGAAGGAAGUCAUCCCAUUCUUAAAGGAACAUAUGGAGGAGGUCUGUUCUUCUCAUCUUCUGACCUCCAUCAGGAGAAUGGUCCUCGCUCUGACUCAGCAAAACGAUGAAAGCAAAGAAUUUGUGAAGUUCUUUCACAAGCAGCUGGGCAGCAUUCUGCAGGAUUCUCUAGAAAAGUUUAGCAACAAAAAGUUGAAGGACUGUGGAGAAGAUCUUCUUGUUGAAAUAUCUGAAGUCUUGUUCAACGAGUUGGCUUUCUUCAGGCUGAUGCAAGACCUGGACAAUAACAGCAGCUCGGUGCAAAGUAGAGGGCAGCAUAAGUCAAACACUGAGGUUUUGCAGUCUUUCAACAAGAAGGCACGGGUAAUGUUGGAUGGAGUAGAAAGCUCUGAUGCACGAGAGAGUGAUGAUGAAGACAAGGACAAGGAUGAAACAGAGGUCCUAUCAAAGUCGCAAAACAAACAUAUUGAUGUUUCUGAAGCUCAUAGUGGGAGAUCUGACAUUUCAGAGGAAGAAGAUGGAAAUGAGAACAUUCCUGUGUCCAUCAGUCUAUCCAAAGCAGAAACACAGGCGUUGACUAACUAUGGAAGUGGGGAAGAUGAGAAUGAGGAGGAAGAGAAUUAUGAGUUUGAAGCUCGCCCGGUGGAUGUACAGACAUCCCUGGAAGCCAAUGCUGAAACCACUGAUGAAAAUGAAAAGGAACAGAUUUUGACAAAUCCUAUCAUGGAAACAGAAAUAGAGAGUGAAUACACAGCAGAACUAUGCAUACAGGAAGCAGAAGAGGUACAAAAUGUAGCGGAGGAACAGAAUCAACCUAAUAUCUCAGCUGAAAUUGUAUCGGCUUCAUUGAAUUUAAACAAAGAUGGUGAUCUGUUGUCAUCAGUGGACGUGGAUACCAAGUCAAGUCUGGAAUCAACUGAGAGCUCUGGACCUGGCAGUCCUGCCACUGACUCCCCUGUGCUAGUUAAUGAAUAUGAAACUGGCUCUGGAAAUUUGAGUCAGAAGUCUGAUGAAGAUGACUUUGUGAAACUUGAGGAUCUGCCUCUUAAACUUGCUUUACCCAAGGCAGAACUGAUAGCUGAGAUGGAAAAAGAGCAACUAAACAACAAUAUCUGUGAUGAAAUUUUAAAUGGACAAGGACCUGGUGCUGAUUUGCUGGCGGGAGAUGCUUUAUCACUGAAAGAGCCAGAAAGUAAUGGAGCUCAUUCUGGAUGA